CACGCACGCCCUUCGUUUACAUCGCCGAAGCUCUUCGAGCCCAUUUCUCAUUUUUCAGCUCGUAACCAGAUCCGAAAUUUCUCUCUCGGAUCGAUUUUUCCCCCAUCGGAGAAAACCCACUUCUAGGGUUUGGAGAUCCCAAAUUGUGGUUUGCGAGGUUAUUAGAUUAGACGAAGCAAGAUGGGAGGAGGAUUUCGAGUUCUUCACUUGGUCAGACCGUUUCUGUCAUUUCUGCCCGAAGUUCAGAGCGCUGACCGGAAAGUUCCAUUCAGAGAGAAGGUGAUAUACACCGUUAUCUCGCUGUUCAUUUUCUUGGUGUGCAGCCAGCUCCCUCUGUAUGGCAUUCACUCUACCACGGGGGCAGAUCCCUUCUAUUGGAUGCGUGUUAUCCUCGCUUCCAACCGCGGGACUGUCAUGGAGCUUGGGAUCACCCCAAUUGUCACAUCUGGGCUGGUGAUGCAACUCCUUGCUGGGUCUAAGAUUAUUGAAGUUGACAACAAUGUACGCGAAGAUCGUGCUCUUUUAAAUGGAGCACAGAAGUUAUUGGGUAUCCUGAUAGCUAUUGGUGAGGCAGUUGCGUAUGUUCUCUCUGGCAUGUAUGGUAGUGUUGGCCAACUUGGAGUUGGAAAUGCCAUUUUAAUUAUCAUUCAGCUCUGCUUUGCCGGUAUCAUUGUGAUAUGUUUGGAUGAACUUCUUCAGAAGGGAUAUGGUCUAGGCUCUGGAAUUUCACUUUUCAUUGCCACCAAUAUCUGUGAAAACAUUAUCUGGAAAGCAUUUAGCCCUACCACUAUCAACAGUGGGCGAGGAGCUGAAUUUGAAGGUGCUGUUAUUGCCCUGUUCCAUCUUCUGAUUACUCGAACAGAUAAGGUUCGAGCUCUCCGGGAGGCCUUCUACCGGCAGAAUCUACCGAACGUGACAAAUCUGCUAGCCACAGUGUUGAUCUUCCUUAUAGUAAUUUAUUUCCAAGGGUUCCGCGUGGUUCUGCCUGUGAGAUCAAAGAAUGCUCGUGGACAGCAGGGUUCCUAUCCUAUCAAGCUGUUCUAUACCUCCAACAUGCCCAUCAUUUUGCAGUCUGCACUUGUGUCCAACCUUUACUUCAUCUCCCAGUUGCUCUACAGGAGGUACAGCGGAAAUUUCCUAGUGAAUCUUUUGGGCAAAUGGAAGGAAUCUGAAUAUUCAGGAGGGCAAUUCGUUCCUGUUGGUGGUCUAGCAUAUUAUAUCACCGCACCUUCUAGCUUGGCUGAUAUGGCAGCCAAUCCCUUCCAUGCACUGUUCUAUCUCAUAUUUAUGUUGACUGCCUGUGCACUUUUCUCAAAAACGUGGAUUGAAGUUUCUGGAUCAUCUGCCAAAGAUGUCGCCAAGCAGCUCAAGGAACAACAAAUGGUCAUGCCUGGUCACCGUGAGUCAAACUUGCAGAAGGAGUUGAACCGCUACAUUCCCACAGCUGCUGCUUUCGGAGGCAUGUGCAUCGGUGCACUCACAGUGUUGGCCGAUUUCAUGGGGGCAAUUGGUUCAGGGACCGGAAUCUUGCUUGCAGUGACAAUCAUCUAUCAGUACUUCGAGACAUUUGAGAAGGAGAGAGCCAGUGAGCUCGGUUUCUUUGGUUUCUAGGCACGUGUAUUGCCGAGUAAUGGUCUCGCCCUGACAAUUUUGGUGUGCUGAGAGAUGUAAGUAGGUUUUAACGGAGAAGUUCAAGAUAUUAGGCUAGUCUCUUAUCACUCCGUUUCAUGAGAAUACAAAAGCAAUGCAAUCCUCUUAAAAAAAACAGUGUUAUAUGUCAAGUGUCGUUGUAUCGGUUCCUGUGGAUUUUUAUAAUUUACUGUCUGAAGUCUUUAAGGACACCUUUGAGAAGCUACUGCCAGGAUUUUGUUCUUGCUAAUUAGGUGUAGAAAUUCACUUUGUUAGAGUGUAUUUGACUCUUUGUUAACACAAGUGAAUUUGCCCGAAAAUCUGAA